UCUCAGGUGCGGGCUGGAUGUGGAGCCUUGUAGAGGGGCACUGGGGAGCAGCGGUCACCUGCUCCUGGUGUUGCACUGUACACGGGAGCUGCCCUGCACCAUUAACCUGGUUUAACGAAGAAAGCGACCCCGUGCCAGAUUUUUUGGGCUGUUCUGAGCAUCGCAGUUACCAAGGUGACUGCUUCCUGUGCGAUUGCUGCUGCUCCGCGAUGCAAUCAGGGUAUCUCAGUGACUUCCUCCUCUGUCAGGAGAUAUAAGGGCUGCUGCUAUCGGGCGCCUGCAGAGCCCUCUGCAGCAGGGAGCAUCCAGGUCGUGCUGCCAUCCCGGUGCUCUGUGCCUGCUGCUGCCCUCCUGCCGCAGUCACGGCCCCAUCCCCAUGGUCUGUCGGGCUGCGCAGGGGCCAGCGGGGCAGAGCGGGGCCCGGUGUGCUGCAGGGCACUGACGUGGGAGCUGCCACCGCCUGGACCUCGUGCUCUGGUAGAAGACCCCCGAUACUCUGAUGGAUCUGAGGCCCUGCUCGCUGCUCCUGCUCUGGACUCUGGUGGUUGCCCUCGCCCUCCUGGCCCGAGAGGUGUUGGCCCAGCGCGUUUACACCAACACCUGGGCCGUGCUUGUCCCUGCUGGGCCACUGGAGGCCAACAGGCUGGCCAGGAAGCAUGGAUUCCUUAACCUGGGCCCGAUUUUCGGUGACUAUUACCACUUCCAGCACCGUGGCGUGGUGAAGCGCUCCCUUUCACCCCACCAGCCCUGGCACAGCCGUUUGGCACGGGAGCCGCAGGUGCAUUGGCUUGAGCAGCAGGUGGCAAAGCGCAGGACCAAGCGAGACAUUUUCAUGGAGCCCACGGACCCCAAGUUCCCGCAGCAGUGGUACUUGUACAACACAAACCAGCGGGACCUGAAUGUGCGUCAGGCCUGGGAGCAGGGUUACACGGGCAAGGGCAUUGUGGUUUCCAUCCUGGAUGAUGGCAUUGAGAAGAACCACCCUGACCUGGAGGCCAACUAUGAUCCAGGGGCAAGCUUUGAUGUCAACGACCAGGACCCAGACCCACAGCCCCGUUACACACAGAUGAACGACAACAGGCAUGGCACUCGGUGCGCUGGGGAAGUUGCUGCUGUAGCAAACAAUGGGAUCUGUGGCGUCGGCGUGGCUUACAAUGCCCGGAUUGGAGGCGUGCGCAUGCUGGAUGGGGAGGUGACGGAUGCUGUGGAGGCCCAUUCCCUGGGCCUCAAUCCCAACCACAUCCACAUCUACAGUGCCAGCUGGGGCCCUGAGGACGAUGGCAAGACGGUGGACGGCCCAGCCCGGCUGGCGGAGGAGGCCUUCUUCCGAGGGGUCAGCCAGGGACGCGGGGGGCUGGGCUCCAUCUUCGUCUGGGCAUCCGGAAAUGGGGGCCGUGAGCACGACAGCUGCAACUGCGACGGUUACACCAACAGCAUCUACACACUGUCCAUCAGCAGCACCACGCAGUACGGCAACGUGCCCUGGUACAGCGAGGCCUGCUCCUCCACCCUCGCCACCACCUACAGUAGUGGCAACCAGAAUGAGAAGCAGAUAGUAACAACUGACCUGAGACAGAAGUGCACUGAAUCGCACACAGGGACAUCGGCCUCAGCACCUCUUGCUGCUGGGAUCAUUGCUCUUGCCCUGGAAGCAAACAAGAACCUAACCUGGCGGGACAUGCAGCACCUGGUGGUGCAGACCUCGAAGCCGGCACACCUCAAUGCCAAUGACUGGGUCACCAACGGCGUCGGCCGCAAAGUCAGCCACUCCUACGGCUACGGCCUUCUGGACGCCGGGGCCAUGGUAAGCCUGGCCAGGAACUGGAUCACAGUGGGACCUCAGAGGAAAUGUGUCAUCGACAUCCUCACGGAGCCCAAGGACAUCGGGAAGCGCCUGGAGGUGCGGCGGAAGGUUGACGCCUGCCUGGGGAAGGCCAACUACAUCAGCCGGCUGGAGCAUGCACAGGCACGGCUGACGCUGUCCUACAACCGGCGGGGGGACUUGGCCAUCCACCUCGUCAGCCCCAUGGGCACCCGCUCCACCCUCCUGGCUGCCAGACCCCACGACUACUCAGCUGAUGGCUUCAAUGACUGGGCCUUCAUGACGACACACUCGUGGGACGAGGACCCCUCUGGGGAGUGGCGGCUGGAGAUUGAGAACACUAGUGAUGCCAACAACUACGGCACGCUGACCAAGUUCACGCUGGUGCUGUACGGGACGGCCACUGACCCCCCUGGACUCUCCAACCAGCUGGAGAGCAGCGGCUGCAAGACCCUGACCCCCAGCCAGACCUGCGUGGUCUGUGAGGAGGGGUACUACCUGCACCAGAAGAGCUGUCUGAAGCGCUGCCCCCCCGGCUUUGCACCUGGCGUGCAGAGCACACACUACACCCUGGAGAACAGCGUGGAGCCCAUCACACCCCAGCUCUGCCUGCCCUGCCACCCCUCCUGCGCCACCUGCACGGGGCCCGGCCCCAACCAGUGCCUGACCUGCCCCGCGCACUCCCACUUCAGCAGCCUGGACCUCUCCUGCUCCCACCAGACACAGAGCAGCCGUGCAUCCCCCGCCCUGGUGGAGAGCGAGGGGCAGCCUGAGGCCCCCCCUCCAGCCAACCCCCUCGUCCUCAUCGCCAGCCUCAGCUGCGUCCUCAUCGUCGUCAUCUUCAUCACCGUCUUCCUGGUGCUGCAAGUGCGCUCUGGGUUCAGCCUGCGGGGUGUGAAGGUCUACGCCCUGGACAGCGGCAUCAUCUCCUACAAGGGGCUGCCCUCCGACAUCUGGCAGGAGGAGGGCCCUUCUGAGUCGGACAUUGAGGAGUGCGAAGUGCACAACGAGAGGACUGCCUUCAUCAGAGACCAAAGUGCCCUUUGAUGAGCCCUCCGCCCCUCCCUCCCCCUCCCGGCACCGCGGGGCCAGGGCAGGCGAGGCCGAGGGGCCUGGACUCUGCCCCCACUCCCCUCCGCGGCAUUCUGGGGCUCCCCACCGCUGGUACCGUCCUCAGCCCUGCGCUGUCCCCGUCCCAGACCAUCUCUCACAGCCUCGUGUCCAUGCUGUGCCCUGUGCUGGUGUGUGGCCAGACCCUGGCGCUGGCUCUGUGCUGGCAGCCGCGUUCCCUACCCUGGGCAGGCGGUUGCUGGGGCCACGCAUGGCUGCGGGGAUGAGGGCUGGGUGCCCUCGUUGGUCUUGCCCUGACCGGGCUACCUGAGUCAGGGGCAGCUCUAUCUCACCAGCCCGAGCACGGCCUCUCCUGUGCUGCUGUCCUGAGGCCCACCAGGGCUCUGCCUGCCUCGGCUCCCCGCCGCCUCCCCAGGGCCUGUCUGCCUCCACCCGCGCCCUUCAACAGCAAUAAUGGCCAGGCCUCAGCCCCCUACCUCCUUGCCUGCUGCUGCCCGUCCCACCACAGCCACCUGCAGCGCGGAUCGGAGCCCAGUGAUGGAGCGUGUGGGCAUGGCAGCGCCUUCCCCUGUGCCCAAGGUUGUGCCCCAGUGCAGGGAGGGCCCCCUGCUCAAGCCCCAGCCCCUGUUCUGCCCCGGGCAGGGCUGCGGUGCUGCGGGGUCUGUUGGGCAGCGCUGCUGCCCGCUGCGCCCGGCUCCGCCUGCACCCUGCCAAGGCCGGGCAGAGCCUGCUGUGCUGGCAGUCCCGGCCCCACUGCCCCAGCCCCGAUGUGCCUUUCCCCCACUUGGUGACAAUCCGUUCUGCUCCCACCCAGAGCCCCCGGCACCCCCCUGCCCUCAGCCCAUUCCCUGCACGGUGGGGGCUGGUGCCGCCCGCCCCUUUGCCGUCCGCCGCCGCUGCACACUGGGGCUGUGGCACGGGCUCCUGCCUGCCCCACGCCAACCCCGGCCCAUGGACGGAGCUGCUGGCGGGGGGCCACAGGACUAUUUUUCUAUAAUAACUUUUUGGUGCACAGUAAUUUUUUCUUGUAAUUUAAUCAGUCGGGAGCUGCCUCCUGAGCCCGUUUUUAAUUUAAUGGAUGUGGAUAUAACGCUAGAGAGACUGAGUUAUUAAAUGUUCAGAACUAUGCAAACCAG